AUAACCCAAUUUUUGUUUUUAAAUUUUUCAUUUAUGAUAAUUCAAAUGAUUUAUUCUUUUAAAUCCAGGUCAUUGGGAUUAUUUUCAGAUUCUUUACACAUGUUAUUAGAUUGUUCAUCACUAGCCAUUGGAUUGUUUGCCAAAUUUAUUUCAAAGAAAUUUUCAUCGAUUUUUUAUAAUAAAAAUCAGUAUUUAAUUAGACAUUCAUCAACAUCUUAUUCGAAUAAUAAUAAUAAUAUCAAUAUAAAUAACAACAACAACAUUAUAUCACAGAUUUUGAUAUCAAAAUAUCCAUUUGGAUUAUCAAGAAUUGAAAAUUUAGCAGCAUUUAUCAAUGGAAUAUUGCUCUUAUCUAUAGUUCAAGAUAUUUUUUUUCAAUCAAUUGAUAGAAUAUUGAACCCAAUUUCACUAGUCAAUGUUAACCAGUUAUUAAUAGUAUCUAUAUUGGGAUUGGUUGUUAAUUUGGUCGGAAUCUUUGCAUUCAAUCAUGGACAUGAUGGGCAUUCCCAUGGGCAUUCACACGCAAUUUCACAUUCAAGUUCAAGUUCAAGUUCACACUCGCACUCAUUGUUACCUAAUCAUUUAUCAUUGGAUUGCAUUGAUGAACAUUGCAAUGAUGAACAUGUUAAAUUGAAUACGAUUAACGAUGUUAAUAAAUUUAAAUCAUCUUCUGGUUCUCUUGAUACUAAUACGGGGAAUUUUGUGCAAACACAUAGUGAUGAAAAUAUGAGAGGGAUUUUUUUACAUAUAUUAGCCGAUACAUUGGGAUCAGUUGGAGUUGUUAUAUCAACGAUUUUUUUAAUAUAUUUUCCCACAUUGAAGGUCUUGGAUCCAUUUUCAUCAUUGUUUAUAAUCGUGUUGAUUUUUUUAUCAUCAUUACCAUUGAUUAAGAGUUCAUGUUUUAAUUUGUUAUUGAUAUUGGAUGAUAAUGAGAGAAUUAAUCUUAAUGAUGGGUUGAAUAAUACUAGUUAUGUUAAUGCGGAGAGCUUAAUAAGAGAGUUAUUGCAUGAUUUGUAUGAGUUGCCUGGAGUUUUAAACUAUUCAGUUGUUAGGAUUUGGAAAGAUACCGAAUGUGAAUUAAUUGGAUAUAUCCAUAUUCAAUAUCCGGAUGGGGAGAAUUCGACUAUUAUAAGGAAACGAUGCGAGAAAUUAAUAUUUGAGAAAUAUAAAUUGAAAUUAUUUAUUCAAUUGGAGAAUGAGUCGAGUAGUUGUUGGUGCAGGAAUAACUUGGUGAAUAACGGCGAGAAAAAUGGGUUUAAAGCAAAUAUUGUGAAUGGAAAUAUAAAGAAUAAUUCGAUUAAUUCGUAUGAUAAUACAAUUACAUAUAUAUGA